CUCUCCUACCUCUGGCUCAAGUUUUCGCUCGUCAUUUACUCCACAGUGUUCUGGCUGAUCGGGACCCUGGUUCUGUCGGUGGGGAUCUAUGCAGAGGUCGAGCGGCAGAAAUACAAAACCCUCGAAAGUGCCUUUCUGGCCCCGGCCAUUAUCCUCAUCCUCCUGGGAGUCAUCAUGUUCAUCGUCUCCUUCGUCGGCGUGCUGGCCUCCCUUCGAGACAACCUGUGCCUUCUUCAAGCCUUUAUGUACAUCCUUGGGAUCUGCCUCAUAAUCGAGCUCGUUGGUGGCGUGGUGGCCUUGCUCUUCCGGAACCAGACCAUCGACUUUCUGAACGACAACAUUCGAAGAGGAAUCAAGAACUACUAUGAUGACCUGGACUUCAAAAACAUCAUGGACUUUGUUCAGAAGAAGUUCAAGUGCUGUGGCGGCGAAGACUAUCGAGAUUGGAGCAAAAACCAGUACCACGACUGCAACGCCCCCGGACCCCUGGCCUGUGGGGUGCCCUAUACCUGCUGCUUCAGAAACACGACGGAAGUCGUCAACACCAUGUGUGGCUAUAGAACGAUCGACAAGGAGCGCCUCAGCGUGCAGGACGUCAUCUACGUGCGGGGCUGCACCAACGCCGUGCUCAUCUGGCUCAUGGACAACUACACCAUCAUGGCGGGCCUCCUGCUGGGCAUCCUGCUCCCCCAGUUCCUGGGGGUGCUGCUGACGUUCCUGUACAUCACGCGGGUGGAAGACAUCAUCACGGAGUACUCCGUCACCGACGGGCUGCUGGGGCCUGGCGCCAAGCCCCGCAUGGACACGGCGGGCGCGGGAGGAAUUCGCUGGCGGGAACCCUCAGGGGAGGAGACAGAGAUGACCGCCUCCUUUACAGACUGGGAAGCGGAGGCCAAGCCACCCAUGGCAUGA